UUUGCCUUCUGGCCUCUGGGGAGUUUACUCGACCCAUUCCCCAGUCUCCCGCACUGCUCAAGUAAGUGUGCGACUCCGUAUGAGGACCUCCUUCCCUUCUGCCCACUCUCCGUUCACGCGGUUCUCAAAGCAGAGGAGGAAAGGUGCAGGUACCACGAGCCCUCUGUCCCACACAUCUAUCCAGAAGCAAGUGUAGUUCACCGGUUCCACCGAAUGCUCCUCUCUUUCGGCAAAGAGAAUAUGAGUGUGCAGUUAUGCUUCAGAUGCUUCGCCAUAAUAGAUCAUCCCAGUUCCCGUUCUUUUCCGGUGCACUCGCUUUAUAUCUCCGACACACAAGGAAGGACGCGGUGGGAAGGAAGCAGCCCUAGCCUCUAUCCGGCCGAUCAUUCCGCUGGCAUCUUGCAUUCACGCCUCCGUUUGACUGCCGCUCGGGGAUGUAGUUGUAGAUACGUUAGUCUUAGUGGGUCGUUGGCUCCACCUGUUAUCUUCUUCUACGACAUGCUGUUGUCGUCGCCAUAUUCCAUAUGUCACUUAGUCAUCUCUGCCUCGCUGCGGGUCGGAGAAAGAAAGGGAGGACUUCAUUCAGUGACCCCGCGAUCGCCCUCUAAACGAUCAGAAUAAGGUAAAGCUUGAAGAUAAGUUUUGUACUCUAUUAAUUUCUCAGUCCCUCUAGUCGGGUGGGCGCCGGCCGGUCUUUCGACCAGAUCCCCCUAAAAACCGUACGUGCGGGUCUCCCCGCAUGCGGCUCACGCCAUUCGAGGUGGCCCAGCAUUCAUUCGCAAAUCCUUUCAAUUGAGACUGCUCGACCUCGUAAGCUAAUUCUCGUGUCGGCAGCCCUGUCUGUCGUACCGUUGACUCUAUCUAUUUUUUUUUUCUUAUUACUAUCUUUUUUUCGUUUUUUCCAAGAAUUAAUGCACUUCCCUUUACUCCAUAGGGCCCUCCUCUAAUAGGGAAAAGCCUUCCAUUUCCGUCAAACGACCCGGCCUCCCCUGGCUCUUCCACCGUCCGGGCUCCCUUUCCUCCCUAUGCUAUGCUCCCCCGGCGCAGGCCUACCACGCUUCGCGCCUGCGGCGUUUUCGUCAGACGUUGCCAGUAGUGCCAUCCUCCCCGCUGGCUGUAUGGGCGGGUUGUCCCUCGCUGCUGCGUUCUGUUAGGCUAUGGAUUACAGGAACAAAUGUAGUAGAAUGAAACAGCAGGCGGGUUACACGUUCCACUGUGCCGAGAUGUGAGGUGCAGGUGGUGAUGAUCACCCCGGGGUAUGCGCUAGCGCCCUUGACAGGCACUCCAGAACCCGCCAACGCUCGUGAAAACCCGGGUCGGUCCUCCAUUCAUCCGACCUCCGGUGUGGAUAACGAGGCCACCCUCACAACCUUCUCCCUUCUGUCCCUAUGUUGUAGUAAGGUAAGGUAGGGCGGCUCGCUUGAGUUGCUCAACCGCCCCCCGGUGCUCAUGACGCGCUACGAAACCUCCACCGUGCCGGGGGACCAAGCAGGGCAUAACUAGCGGCAUAGGAGCCGACUCGGCGUCAGCGGCUUCGUGCCGCACUGGAGUGAUCCAAUAUGUGGUUCCGCACGUUCCACCACUUCUCCGUUCAUUUCCAAUACUGAUCGUGAAACACCAUGAGCAGCAGGAUGUUGAGGUCCGAAAUUCGAAGUGAAAUUUGGAAUUUGCCUUUUCCUAGUCGUCAUGGGAAAGAAAGGCAGAAAUAAGAAAGAUAUUCUUCCCUCCUUGUCCAAUACUACCAGUACCAGAAAUGCAUCUCCUUCGCCCGUGCGAGAGACUGAUUACUCCAGCUGUUCCGAGAAUCUCCGCUAUUUGAAUAUGGAACAUCAUAACAACGAAUAGGAAUGAAACGGCUAUAGCUGGUUGUAGUAGAAAGAAUCCAAAAAUGGAAAAAGAUCCCUAUAUAACCAAGCUUUUGGGCCAUGUAUCAUUACAUCGUAAUAGUGGGCCUUGAGCAAGCCUGGGGUGUGAAGGGCCUCAUCGUCCCCAAUGACUGCCUAAACAAGGUCCGACAUCUUCCAUUCGGGAGGUAAUUGCCUCUCGAUUAUCCCAGGGUGUACUCCUUGCAUAGGAGAUCCACUCAGGUGGCGCGCUUCUCGCAUCUGACGUAGUUGAAGAGGUACUUAAUAGAAUAGUAGUAGAAUCAGAAAGAAGAAAGUCUACAUCAUUCGAUGUAGCAUGUUCAUAAAUUACUAAGUUUCGUUGAGGCAUGAUUGAUUCUACUUUAGGUUUGGUUCAUUCUUUGACUGCGGAGGAAAGACUUGUCUCCAAUCGCCGGUUGGCUUGGUCCAGAAAGACA